AUGACAGCCAAGAAGAAUCAGAGUCUGCAGAAUGGAAGUGCCAAGGAGAACGUGCUGCAGAGGGUGCUGCAGCUGCCCGUGGUGAGCUCAACCUGCCAAAGCCUCCAGCGGACCUACACCACCACCAAGGAGGCCCAUCCACUCAUGGCCUCUGUGUGCGAGGUCUACGAGCGGGGCGUGCAGGGCGCCAGCGCCUUGGCCAUGUGGAGCGUGGAGCCGGUGGUGCGCAGGCUGGAGCCCCAGUUCGCUGUCGCUAACAGCCUGGCUUGCCGGGGCUUGGACCACCUGGAGGAGAAGAUCCCUGCCCUCCAGUACCCGGUUGACAAGCUUGCAUCUGAACUGAAGGGCACCAUCUCCACCCCGCUCCAAAGUGCCAAAAGCACCAUUGGCAGCUCCGUGGAUAAGAUCAUGGAGCUGGCAGCAGAGGGCUACGAGGCCACCAAGAGCACGGUGGAGACAACAGCCAAGUACACAAGGAGGAACUCGGUGAGCCAGAUGGCAGCCGCUGGGGUCGACACAGCCCUGGGAGGGCUGGAGAAGCUGAUGGAGUACCUGCUGCCGGAGGAGGAUGAAGAAGCAGAUCAGAAGCCCAAAGAUACACGUGGGUCAGCAGCAAAGGUUUCCCAGCAGCAGCCCAGUGCUCCCAGUGCUCCCAGUGCUCCCAGUGCUCCCAGCACCCUGGGCCGGAUCGGUGCCUUGGUUAGCACUGCUUCCCACCGUGCUUACCAGCAAACCACCCAUGGCCUCCAGCGUGCCAAAGCCAAAGGGCAGGAGCUGGCCACAUGGAUCCCCGUUGUGGGCAACCUGGCCAAACCAAGUGUACCCGAGGCACCACAGGUCCAUAGUGAUGGGCAGAGCACCACAACUGGCUGGCUGAGCCGGCGGCAAAGCAAGGUGCCAGAGCAGAAGCAGGAGAAGGCGGGGAAGAAAGACAACCACCACACCAAGGAGGUAUGGAGAAAGGGGGACGGGCUGGGAACGGUCCCCAGCACCCGGGACAACCUGCAAACCGCCUGCGCCUCCGGCAUCUCCAGCGUGAAGAAGGUCCCGGCGGUGGCCUGGGAUGCAGCAGAGGGGUUGAUCCUCUUCACCCCCCGCAGGCUGUCCAAGGCCAUGGAGACGGUGGAUGCUCUUGGGGGGACCCUCAUCAGCGCCCCAAAGCAUCUGCUGGGCACCCUGUACAGCUACGUGCCGCUCCGCAGGCAGUCAGCAAAGGAAGAGGAGGCAACCAGGAGCAGCAAACCCAGCGCGGAGAAGGAGCAGAAGGAGCAGGAGGAGGAGGAGGAGGAGGCCAAGCCUGCCACCCCCCCGCCUGAGGAGAAAGCCCAGCUGAGGGGCGACUGGCGGCUGUACCGCGGCCAUCACCCCCUCUCCUUCCUGGGGCUGGAGGACCCCCUGUUCCUGCGGCACAACUUCUACCGCAGCCCUGCCUUCGAGCCCGAGUAUCCCCUCCCGCGGAAAUCUGCCUUCUCGCCCUACAACAGGCGUGUGAGCGAGGGCUCCUACCGCUUCAGCCCCGAGCCCAUGUACAGCCGGCCCUACUACACCAGCCUCUACAGUCCUGUCUUCAAGAAGGACUGA